AUGGCUCCCAAACCCGCAUCCACCGCUGGCAAAGCCCCUGCAUCCACUGCCUCCAAGGCUCCGGCCAAGACUGAUACUCCCAAGGCCGCGAAGAAGACCGCCACCAAGAGCGGUGGCAGCGCUCCUGUUGACGGAGAAAAGAAGAAGCGCAAGAAGGCUCGCAAGGAGACCUACAGUUCCUACAUCUACAAGGUUCUGAAGCAAGUUCACCCGGACACGGGUAUUUCCAACAAGGCUAUGGCCAUUUUGAACUCUUUUGUCAACGAUAUCUUCGAGCGAAUUGCCACUGAGGCCUCCAAGCUCGCCGCAUACUCUAAGAAGUCUACUAUCUCCUCCAGAGAAAUCCAAACAAGUGUACGACUCAUCCUUCCUGGUGAAUUGGCCAAGCACGCCAUCUCUGAGGGAACCAAGUCGGUUACCAAGUACUCCGCUGGUUCCAAGUAG